AUGGGGAAUUUAAUGAUAUUUGCCAAGAGGAAGGUGACAAAGAGCAUCACGCUGGAGGACCUUGCGUCCAUGAUAAAGGAAUGCACCUACGUAGUGGCGCUAACAGGCUCAGGUACAUCCGCGGAAAGUAACAUCCCCAGUUUCCGUGGUGAUAACAGUUCCAUCUGGAGUAAAUACGACCCCAAAAUAUAUGGUACCAUUUGGGGAUUCUGGAAAUCACCAGAAAAAAUCUGGGAAGUUAUUAGAGAUAUUUCAUCAGAUUAUGAAAUCGAGCUGAAUCCAGGACAUACAGCUCUUUCCACAUUAGAAAGUCUUGGGUACUUAAAAGCAGUGAUUACACAAAACAUUGAUGGCUUACAUGAAGAGAGUGGGAAUUCCAAGGUAAUUCCCCUGCAUGGAAGUGUUUUCGAAGCUCGCUGUUGUACAUGCAGGGAAACAAUUCAAUUGAAUAAAAUUAUGCUACAGAAAACCUCCCACUUCAUGCACCAGCUACCUCCAGAGUGUCCUUGUGGAGGUAUUUUUAAACCUAACGUCGUUCUUUUUGGAGAAGUAAUUCCUAAGUCACUUUUGAAACAAGCGCAGAAGGAGAUAGAGAAUUGCGACCUUCUUUUGGUUGUUGGCACUUCGUCCUCUGUGUCGACCGCCACCAACUUGUGUUACUAUGCCCAUAGGAAGAAGAAAAAAAUUGUGGAGGUGAAUAUAUCCAAAACGUAUAUCACGAAUCGCUUGUCUGACUGUCAUGUGCGCGCCAAGUUCAGCGACUUGGUGACCAUUUCCGACAUCCUGAAGGGGGAGAAGGGCACUUUAAUUGGUGAAGGAACGCAAGGUGGUGAAGAAGCGCAAAUUGGUAAAGCUUCUCAUAGUGGUAAAACUAAGCACAGAAUGAAUAGCUCGCAGGGAGCCUAG